AUGCUUCAUCGAGCUUGGAAACCAUUAUCACGAAUACAACGACGACGAAGAGCCUUCCUUUCCCGUGGCUUCGCCGGCACCGCCGUCGCGGCGGCUCCCCCGGUCUCUCCUACUCUUCUUAGAUACUGCAAAUCGUUAAGGCAAGCAAAUGUCAUCCACCAGCAAUCUCUAAUCCAAGGCUUAAACGCUCACUUCUCAAUUUCCCUUCUUUCCACCUACAUUGCCCUCGAUUCCCCUUCCUUUGCUCUCUCCCUCCUUCGGUCCAUUAACCCAUGUCCCGCUCUCGUCUUCUGGUGGAACGCCCUCAUCCGCCGAGCUCUCCACUUUGGCCAUCUGGAGCAUUCCUUCUCUCUGUUCCGUGACUUGAGAAACCUCGGCUGGUCCCCUGAUCACUACACUUUCCCCUUCGUCCUCAAAGCUUGCGGGGAGCUAGCUUCCUUAUCUCGCGGGGCUUCACUUCACUGUGUUGUUUGCAAAGAUGGGGUUGAGUCGAAUGUAUUUGUCUGUAACGCUGUGGUCUCCAUGUACGGCCGUUGUGGGGAGCUGGCUUCUGCCCGCCAGGUGUUUGAGGAAAUGUGCCACAGUGGGGUAUUUGAUUUGGUGUCGUGGAAUUCGAUUAUAGCAGCUUAUUUGCAGAAUUCGGAUUUUAAGGGUGCCCUUUUUUUGUUUGGUAGGAUGACCAGAAUGAGUGAUGUUGCGAUUCUACCUGAUCCGAUCAGUAUUGUGAAUGUGUUGCCUGCUUGUGCAUCUAUGGGGUUACGGUUGCAUGGGAAGCAGGUGCAUGGUUUUGCUAUCAGGAGUGGAUUGUUUGAUGAUGUUUUUGUUGGUAAUUCGCUGGUUGAUCUUUAUGCAAAAUGUGCUAUGAUGAAUGAAGCGAACAAGGUUUUUGAAAGGAUGCAAGAGAAAGAUGUGGUUUCUUGGAAUGCGAUGGUUACAGGGUAUGCUCAGACUGGUCAAUUUGAGUCUGCUCUUUCUUUGUUUGAGAAGAUGAGGAAAGAUGAUAUCGAGUUGGACGUAGUGUCUUGGAGUGCUGUUAUUGCGGGUUAUGCACAAAAGGAACUUGGCUGUGAAGCCUUGGAUAUAUUUAGACAAAUGAUUCUUUGUGGUGUGAAGCCAAAUGAGGUCACCCUAUUGUCAGUACUUUCAGGGUGUGCUUCAGUAGGAGCAUUGCUCCAGGGGAAAGAGACUCAUGGUUUUGCAAUAAAAUGUAUUCUGCGUAGCAUUCGGAGUGAUCCAGGUUUCGAAGUUUCUGUGAUCAAUUCCCUCGUUGACAUGUAUGCUAAGUGUAAAAGUUUCAACCAAGCUCAUGCGUUGUUUCAGUUGCUUGCACCAGAGGAGAGGGAUGUCGUGACUUGGACCACUUUGAUUGGAGGCUAUGCACAACAUGGAGAUGCCAAUGAUGCAUUGGAAUUGUUUGCCAGAAUGAUCAAAGAGAAUAAGUUUCUGAAGCCUAAUGCAUUCACCAUUUCUUGUGCAUUGAUGGCAUGUGCUCGUUCGAAUGCAUUGAGUUUUGGAAGGCAAAUUCAUACUUACAUAAUCCGUAAUUACUAUGAUCUUUCUGUGUUAUACGUACCUAAUUGCCUGUUAGAUAUGUAUUCAAAAACUGGAGAUAUUGAUGUUGCUAGAGUGGUCUUCAAUAGCAUGAAGCACAAGAAUGCUGUUUCUUUUACAACCCUGAUAACCGGCUAUGGCAUGCAUGGCCGUGGUGAAGAUGCUCUCUUGGUUUUUGAUGAGAUGAAGAAACUAGGCCAUGCUCUGGAUAGUGUAACAUUCCUUGUUGUACUAUACGCUUGCAGUCAUUCAGGAAUGGCUGGUAAGGGAAUGGAGUACUUCAACAGCAUGAGUGAAGAGUUUGGAAUUCUUCCUGGUGAAGAGCACUAUGCUUGUAUGGUUGACCUAUUGGGCCGUGCUGGUCGCUUCGAUCAAGCUAUGAAGCUUAUCAAAGCCAUGCCUAUGGAACCUAGCUCAAUAGUUUGGGUCGCUUUGCUGAGUGGGUGCAGGAAACAUGCUAAUGUGGAACUUGCUGAGUAUGCCACAGAUAAGCUUCUAGAGUUGGAAUCAGAAAAUGAUGGAUCUUAUACCCUUCUCUCAAACAUAUAUGCUAGUGCCAGACGUUGGAAAGAUGUAGCCAAAGUCAGAUCUUUGAUGAGAAGUUCAGGAAUAAGGAAGAGACCAGGUUGUAGUUGGGUGCAAGUCAAAACCGGCAAUGUAACAUUCUUUGCUGGGGAUAGGGCUCAUCCACGGUCGAAGGAGAUAUAUGGAAUCCUUGCAGGGUUGAUUCAGAGGAUUAAAGUUCUUGGAUACGUUCCGGAGACUAGCUUUGCGCUUCAUGAUGUGGAUGAUGAAGAGAAAGGGGACCUUCUUUCUGAGCAUAGUGAGAAGUUAGCCCUUGCCUAUGGAAUCUUAACUUCUAUUCCUGGUGCAGCCAUUAGAAUCACCAAGAACCUGCGUGUUUGUGGGGAUUGCCAUAGUGCCUUUACCUACAUAUCCAAGAUCAUUGAAAAUGAGAUCAUUUUGAGAGACUCCAGCCGUUUCCAUCAUUUCAAGAAUGGACUGUGCUCUUGCAAAGGCUACUGUCUCCAUCGCCGAAUCGCCGCUGUUCUAUUUCCUUAUACCGUGUGUUCCAACUUCCAACUGACCACCCUCGCCUCUCCUUCCGACGCGCUCGGCCUCUUCUCUCCUUCCCUGCCGUCGUUUCUUGCCUUCUCAUCCCGAGGGUUCCGUUUCCUGUCCUUUGGCCGCACCGGCUCUCUCCGGAAGGAGGGCAUUUCGAACAGGCUGAAGCUGAACCAGGUCUACACCUCACCAACUCUGAGCUUCGGAACUCUUGCUUUGAACUUAGAAGAGCGUAGAGCCAGUGAGGACGAUGAGUUCGGAGGCGCCUGCGGCCAAGACCAAACCCCCCCAGAUUGUUACAUUGGACCAUGCCUUCAAAUUGAUAGCCCCAAAAAACCUCUCACACAGACAGUUUUUGUGUUCAGGCUUGGACUUGGAGCUAGGGCUGCUCCACGGUCCAAUCUUCCACCUACAAAUGAUCCAGCGGCGAGAAGAUUGCACAACAAGUUGGAAGCUGCGAAGAAAAGAUCUGCUAAAAUAGCUAGCGAGACUGGAGGUGAGGAAAGCGAUGACAGUGAUGGAGAACCAGAAAGCAGAACUGGUGCAUUUGUGAAGAAGAGAGGUUUGCCCCCUGCUCUACCUUCACAACUAAACACCAAGAAGAAGAAGCAGUGGAAGUAA